AUGUCAAAUCUCAGCCGUAUUGGCGUCGAUGGCUGUAUGGGAAAGGAACGGGAAUUCGAGAUGUUCGUCCCUGAAGAUAGUGGAGAUGGAUCAGGCAGCCCCCAGCCGACUGUCAACGCUGAGGAGAUCAUCAUGGCUGAUGAUACUGUCGAGUAUGUUGACAAAAAUGCCUUCGGCGAUGAGCUCGACCGAAUGCCUAAUGGCUACUAUCGGAGUCCUCAGUUUAUUGGUACUCUUGCUGCACCUCUGGUAUUCAGACUGAGAGCUGCCGCUGCAGUUACUAUCUGGGCAUCAUUCUGA